UUGGAAUUUUGUUUUUUGUUUCUUUUCUCUUUCUUUUUUUAUUUUAUUAUUAAAUUAAAGCUCACCGGUAGCUCUGAAAAUCACGUAAAUUCAAAAAAAAAAAAAAAAAAAAAGAAUAUUUAUUUUCAAGAUUUCAUAAUAACUACUUAUUAGAGAGAAGGAGAUUGAAAGAGAAUAGAAUUUCACGUUUCUUCUCUCUAAAUCUUAUUAAAGAUCAGAUUUUUAUUCAGUUCUUGGUUUUUUUCUUAUAUGAUCAGCUAUAUUUCUUGAUACCCACAAUUUGUUUUUUUGUUUCUAAAAACACCCUUUUGAUAAUCUAAGGGGGUGGGGUGGGUGGUGAGAUGGGUGGGUGUGUAUCAAGACCAGAUGGUUGUGUUGGUGGUAGAUUGGGAGGUUCAAAGAGGAAGUGUAGAAAAAGAAGAAAAACUGUUAAAAAAAGGGUGUCUUUAAAUGUAUCAGAUAGAUCAUCAGUUGAUAAUAAAGUUGAUAAGUCUUUUCCUUUGGAUCGCUCUUUCAACAAUCCUACUUUUUAUGGAAGUACUGAAGAAGCAUGGUUUGAUUCUGCUGCAAUAUUCGAAUCUGAUGGCAGUGAUGAAGAUUUCCAGAGUGUUGCUGAUGAUAUGCUCUCUCUCAACAGCUUUGAUUGUGGGCGGACCAGCGUAGCUUCUGCAAAAGAUGUCCAACAUGGGGAUGUUGAUGUCAAUGCCCACCACAGGUUAUCCACCGACCUGCAGAGGCAGGGAGAAUUAUCAACAAGCAAUCCUACUUGUAGCUCUGGCAGUAGCUCAGCCAAAACCGCGAUCAACCCAAGCAGUGUGUUGCAUCCAAAAGAUGGGCCCCACAGUGAGGUACAGCCUGUGUUCAUUGACGAAAUCUCUUCGUCUGCUAAUGGAAGCAGUGGCAGGGAGGAUGGAUUGUUGGAUAACUGUGGAAUUCUUUCAAACAACUGUUUGCCCUGUCUUGCAUCCACGGCUGUACCAGUUGAGAAGAGACAAUCUCUUAGCUCUAAUUCUCCAAGUGCAAGGAAGAAAGCUGCCAUAAAACUUCCCUUCAAAUGGAAAGAAGGAAAUCCUAAUGCUGCUUUACUUUCGUCUAAAGCCCUGCUUCAAAGGCCAAUAGCUGGUUCCCAAGUACCAGUUUGCCGGUUGGAGAAGAAAAUGCCUGAUAGUUGGUCCCAUAUUGAACCGGGUACUUUCAGGGUUCGGGGAGAAAACUAUUUCAAGGAUAAAAAGAAGGUGUUUGCUCGAAAUUAUUCAGCAUAUAAUCCUUUUGGGGUUGAUGUAUUUUUAAGCCAGAGAAAAAUAUUUCAUAUUGCACAACAUGUGGAACUUCCUUUCAUUGAACAUUCUGGAACACUUCCUCCCAUUCUUGUUGUGAAUGUCCAGAUCCCAUUAUAUCCUACCGCAAUUUUUCAAGGUGAGACUGAUGGUGAAGGGAUGAGUUUUGUCUUGUAUUUUAAGCUUUCAGAAAGUUACGCUAAGGAACUUCCUCCUCAUUUUCAAGAGAGUAUCAGGAGGCUGAUUGAUGAUGAAGUGGAAAAAGUAAGGGCUUUUCCUGUGGAACAUACCGCACCCUUUAGGGAACGAUUGAAGAUAUUAGGUCGUGUAGCAAAUAUGGAGGAACUCCCAUUAAGUGCAGCAGAGAGGAAGCUUAUGCAUGCCUACAAUGAAAAACCUGUUCUUUCACGUCCUCAACAUGAGUUUUACAAGGGAGAGAAUUACUUUGAGAUUGACAUAGAUAUGCAUAGAUUCAGUUACAUCUCUAGGAAGGGUUUUGAAACAUUCCUAGAUAGACUAAAGCUCUGUUGCUUGGAUGUUGGCCUAACAAUUCAGGGCAACAAAGCUGAAGAAUUGCCGGAGCAGGUUUUGUGUUGUAUACGGUUAAAUGAAAUUGACUACGCGAAUUAUCAGCAACUGGGGUUGGAAUAACGAGCCCUUUGAAUUAGCUGCACAUACAUUGGAAUUGUCGAGAUAUGGCAAAUAAAGAAGUAACUUAGAGAAGUUCAGUUGUCCCUCGCUUUUGGUGCCUACCUCUCUCAGUCUCACCCUUCCCCCAUUUAUCAAAAUCUUCGGUGUCAGGCAGAUUAUAAGGGUAGCAGGUUCAACAGGAACUGUUAAGGACCUGUUUGGGGCCAACUCCUAUGCCACCUAGCAUUUUAUGACAUGAGUUCUGGACAAGUCAAUAGCUUACAUUAGCUAUAUCUAUGUGUAUGAAUUCAUGGACAACAUUGAGAAAUCAGUUAAUGGAAUAGAUUCUAAUUCA